AUGAAUGAUAAUGAUGAUAAACCUAUAGCUACUACCAUUGAUAAUAAAUCUCACAAUCCAAUAAUUUUACCAGUUGUUAAUCCAUCCCGCGAACCAGAAGUUUUGGUAUUUAAUGUCGAUGAUAUAAAGACUCUACGCAAUGAGUACAAUAUACUUGGUGUGUUGAUGGGGACAUUACAGCAUUAUCCACAACAAAAUAUAUUUCUUUCUGUUCCCCUCAAGCUAAUAAUAUGGGAAGUGAUUUGGCUACUUCAGUACAACAAAGCAAUUUUGGUAGAUCAUUUAACUUAUCGUGAUGCUAAGAUCAAAUUAUUAAAGGGAGAUAUCAAAAAUAACAACUAUCAAGGUAAUUUGAUAACAACACCUAAUUCAGAUAAUGACUAUAAUUUAGAACUAGCUAAGCAGCAUCAAUUGACGAUUUAUGAUUACAUAACAAAUUAUUUACAGGAUUCACUGAUGUCAGUUAACCAGUUUAUCACUUACUAUAAGUACUACAGCUAUUUACAAAACAAGGGUUAUUUUAUUAAUCCCGGAAUAAAAUUUGGUGGUGACUUGGUUAUUUAUCCAGGAGAUCCUUUACGUUAUCAUUCUUAUUCGAUUGUUAGAUUUGAGUUUUUUGACGUUCAUGACGUUGUUGUAGGUGGGAGAUUAGCCACUAGUGUUAAGAAAAAUUUGGUUUUAAUGGGUUAUGAUCAAGAAGCAGACAAGACACAUCAGGAAGUGAACGAAGAUGUUAUAAGCGAUUUAUUUGACGAGUCUGUGCCGUUGACCUUUUCUAUAGAAUGGGCUGGUUUUGGCUAG